AGGGGAGUCUCUUGCUGGCAGUCGCACCACCACAGCCCCACAGGAGCUUCACUCAGGCCUGCAGCCGACGGCCAAACCCUCAUCUGUGUCCUUCAGAGUGACGCCCGGCUUUCUUCAAACUCUUUCUCCUUUUUGAUGCUGACAUGGAGUUUCAAAGUGUGUUCAAAAGCUUCCACCCAAACAACCUCGGUGAAGAGAAGCAACAAAUGCUGAACCUGAACAGACGCCUGGAGUCCUACCUGAGCCGGGUCAAACUUCUGGAGGAGGAAAACGAGCAGCUUGCAUAUGAGAUCGAAGCAAUCAGACACAACGACCAGGAGGCCCAGGCACUUAGGAGAGGCUUAGAGGAGGAGCUGCAGCAGGCGAGGCUGCAAGUGGACGCAGCUUGGAGGGAGAGGGUCCUCACAGAGCUGGAAGUGGAGAAGAUGAACGAAGAGCUCCAAGACUUAGAGCUGCAAAGACAGAGGGAAGCUCAGGCCAAAGUGACAGCCAAAUCCAAGCUGGAGCAAAGCCGAAAGGAGCUGCAGGAGGAAGAGAGGGCACAGAUCUGGCUCAGGGAGGAGGUCAAUCAGUUGGAGAAUGAAAUGAGACAUCUCAUUCACGCCCACGAGGAAGACGUGGCUCAUUUGGAGACCACGAUGGUUCGAUCCAGAGCCACGAUGCCUCCAACUCUGGCUCAAAGGGCCAAGCAGACACCAGAGCUCCUCAGGGUGGGGCAGGAGUUUUCCCAGAGGGCAACCAGAGCCUGGCAGGAGGCUGCAGGGGCCUAUCAGGGACAGCUAGCUCGGUUAGAGGAAUCCCUCAACCAGGCCAGGAGCCGUUUGAAUCAAGUUCAGCAGGAGAAACACGAGAGCCAGCUGGAGCUUCAAACCCUGGAGAAAGAGCUCGCUUCAGCUCAGGAUGUCAGGCAACAUCUGGAGAAGAGUGUGUCCCACUGCCGAGAGGAACACCUCCAGGAGAUCCAACACCUCCAGGAGCACUUAGAGGAUUUGGAGAUGGAGAAGGCGGAGCUGAGCCAGCAGAUUGACCACCUCCUGCAGGAGAACCGCGGCCUGGUGCAGCUGAAGGUGUCGCUCGGCCUGGAAGUAACAACGUACAGAGCUCUGCUGGACAGCGAAGGCCUCAGGGCAGAUAAGCCAAGAAAUGUUUCCAUCAGAGAUGCAGAUUGGAGACCUCAUGGGGUCCAAAAGAAUUACCAGACCCAGCUGCCUGCUAGCUUCAGGCCCACUUUCCCCUCAUCUGUCCUCAGUACAACCAGAACCAGAGGAACUGCCACACAGAUCAAGAGUACAAAACCUGCAACUUUAAGUGAAACUCCAACUUUUUCAAGCAAACGCGUAGAUACAUUAAAGCCAGCAACAUUAGAAAGCCGUUAUCCAAAAAGUGUUCUGGAUAAAGAUGACAAAAACUUUAGAUCACAGGAGGUGCAUGAGAAAGUCACAGAUGCAAAGCUUUUAUCUCAUUCUAAUGAGCAGGAGGCACCUGCUAAUACCUUGGAGGUAGAAGAUGAAGAGGAGAGGAUCAGUGUUGAUAUUGAGCCUGCUGAGGAACAAAUGGAGAAUGAGUUCGUUGUUAGUCAGAAGGUUGCAUCUGGCCUCAGAAAUGAGCCACCUUUAGAUGACGAAGCUGGUCUCUAUCACUUCACAACACAAAACCUUACAUUGUGCAGUUUCCACGAGCCAGAAGAACCCACGUGUGCCUCAGAUGAACUGGAUCAGGUGGCCUUUGAGGAGAAAAGUGAAAACGAAGAUGUGCUACAGUCACAGGCUCAAGAUGUUUCCAUGACGAUACGGCAUGUUGACAAAGAGGUAGAACAUGUACAAGAGGAAACAUCCGAUUCAGAAACUGAAGCCAUGCUUGAACCAACAUUUGAAUCCAGACCAAGCAGUCUGGACUCUGAAUAUGAACAAGUAGGAACUAUUUUUAACCAAGUGACAGAUCACAGUACAGAUAAAGACAUUUCAAACGAUCAUUCUGUUGUGAAAAGACAAGAAUCGAGCAGCUCAGUGGUAGGAACAGAUAAAAAGGAAGUUGAGGAUAAGUUGUACCCUGAUGGAGAAGAGAUGGAUACAUGGGACAGCAUCAUCGAGAGGAAGGUCAAUGUAAAGUCAGAUGAUGAAAUAAAAACUGAAGAACCAAAACAACAUGCUGAGCCAGAGGAGGACAUAUCAGCAAAAGAACCAGAGAACAUAGAAGCUCUCCAGACUGACGAUGUGGCCUCUUCAUUGAUGCUAACACAAGUGGAUGAAGGACAAGACACUACGUUGGACCAAGGACACACUGUGUCUCCUGACAAAGAAGAAAUUUACGAAGAGGACUCUCAGAAUGUGUCUGUGUCGUGGAGGAUGGAGCUGGAGAGUGACAGCUAUGCUCAAGAAAACACUGUUGCUGACACUCGUCCCUUGAUUCGAUAUAAAAGCGAUGACACGGACGCUAACACCCAAGCAUCGCACAUUGACGAGAGCGAGUCCAGUGAAGGUGAGCAGGACAAAAAGAUGGACGAGGCAGGAACGGGAAUGUGGAGCGACAAGUCCAAGACAUUUGGUACUAUGGAAGAUUUAUGUGAGGAAGUUGAAGAAGAAACAGUAGACGAGGACUACAAUCUGGGAUACACUCACGCUGAAGAUAGAGAUGUCAGCCAAGGUACAAUCGUAAGUGAGCAUGCUACAGUGGUGACUGACAGAGAAAAUUCAGAAGAGAUGCUGAAAAAUGUCAGCGAGGAACGUUGGAAAAAAGAAACCGAAGAGCCGGUGGGAGCCAUUAUACACACCGAUGUAGACUAUGACAAACAGUUAGUGACAGAGAAAGUCAUGGAACAGGAAUUAGAAAAACUGUCGACGGAUAGAUACAGUGUUCAUUCUGCACAGCAGCAAAUCGGUGAAGAAAUCCUACAAAUGGAUGACAAGUCUGUGGAGGAGGUGAAUGAGCAAGCGGAGCCUGAAAAAGCAAAAGCAGACUGCUCGUCUUCCAGUGAGCCUGGAACGAGUGAAAACCGUGAAGACGUAUUAUCGACUCUAGAACAAACUUUAGACGGCCAAGUGUUUAGUGAGCCAUAUGCAGUGAUGCAUCCAUCAAACACUAUAGCUGAAGAAGUACAACACAAAGACCACAAAACCAUGGAUGAGCCAGAGAAAGGAGGAGAAGGUGAACACAAUGUAUUCAUAGCACCGGAUGCUGACGCAACAGAAGGCUGUUUUGGCUUCACUGAGUUCAUCAGCAGACCUGAAAUAGAAGCUACGGAGGACACAAAGAACCCAGAGGAUCCAGACUCUGUGGUACAGGUGAAAGCAGAUCAGAUAAACCUGCAUGACAUACCUGCUGCACCAGAGGCCCUACCUAUAGAAACACCCAAAGAUUAUCAAGAACACGUCAUUGACGAUACUGAGAACUUUCCCAAGUUUCCUGCAGAAACAGAUGAAUGGGAAGCUUUAGAAAAGCCAAUACAAGUAUUAGAGGUCAGAGAGCAAAAGAAACAUGAUCAAAACUAUGAAAAUGUGCCAGAAUUAGCUGAAGAUGAUGUCAUCACACAUCAAGAAGAGCCUUUCAAAACUACCCCUGACAGUGUACCCAUUCAAAACGACAUCUUCAUAGUGAAAGAUGCAACAGACCGCAGCCUCCAUAGCCUCUUCACUUCUGAUGUAAAGAAUGAUUUCUGGGUGUCCUCCCUAGAGAGCGGAGCCACUUAUAAACCAGAAUGGAAUGAAACAGUUGAGCAAACUAAUCAGAAUCAAGAAUUCACCGAUAACCAGGUUUGGGGAAAUUUGGGAAAGCCAAAGGUGGUUAAUGGAAACUCCAAGUCAGAGGUUGACUCGUCUGGAGACCUGGGCGCCAUGAAAGAGCAGGAACAGGUGCACGUGGAAGUGAAAAAAGUGUUGGUCCAUUCCGAGGAGUCUGAAGUUGAGGCUGAGUCGUGGUCAUCUGGAGAAGAACCAGUCUAGUGUAGUAACGAGGUAGGGUUCAGUUAGCUUUUAAUGCUACACGUGUUUGUCAGGGGAGGAAUUAGGUUUCUCUGGAACGUGUUCACAUUAAAAACCAAAGUCGUGCCUCGGUGCAUUCCUUAGUCAUCAACUCUCACUUAUUUAUUUAUUUUUUUCAGCUGAACAUUGUUUGUGCAUGUGGUAGAAGAUUCUGCUUGCUAGCAUGAGGGAACAA